GUUUUCUAAACACUUAAAUGAAAUAAGCUAACAAGGACUCGUAUGAAUAUUAUAAGCUCCACUUCAUAAGAAAGUAAUUCUGUUCAGAAUGGCUUUCACUGUAUACAUCGUCUGUGUCAUUGCAAUGGCAAGUCUUGUAGAUUCCGAUUACUUUAGUGACUUAAGCGGUGAAGAAGAUGGUGAAUUUCUGUCUAAAAAUACAAAGACUAUGUUGGGUGUUGAUGAGGUUAAUGCUGGCGAAGUCUUGUCCGGAAACAAAACUAGAGGUACAGGUAAUUCUAAAUGGAUUCUUAUAAAUAAAGGUCCCGUUAGACGUAGUAAAAGUUUACCCAAUAAUUAUGUAAUCGAAACGAAAAGCAACCGAGGAUUUAUUUGGGCCCUCAAGUCAGAAUCAUGUAAGGGUAUAAAUGAAAUAGAAUUAAUUAAGAAACCAGAACAAUUAAGAAAGCGUCAUUUGUUUUACUUCGACAAUACCAGUAAAAAGAAUACAAGAAUUUACGCCCAACAGUGUAAUCAGCAGUGUCUUUACAUUGACGAACUAUAUGAAGUGAAAUUCGGCAAGAAUUGUGACAGCCAAAAUAAUAAAUUAUUUGAUGUAAUUUCGUCUUAAUUCAAAUUAAAAUUUUUAAUUUUUGGUAUGUACUAAUAAUUAAAAAUCAUAAAAUAAAUAUAUGAGUGUAUUAUUAUUAGAUAA